CGGCGAAAGGUGGUGCGGAGGAAGGCGGCGUGGGUACUGACCGGCACAUGAGAUCCAAGUGCCAGCUUUUAGAUAUCUGAAGAUGAAGCGCCCGGAGGCUACGGGGAGCUAGGGCGCCGGUGCAUACAGUGAAGUGGCGCGUUGAAAGCUGGGUCCAUCGGACUCAACUGAAGUUGUUUAUUUCUUAAAUCAGAAGGCUGAAGGCUUGUUUGUUUACUUUUAAUUUUUAGCGUCUCCUGUCGGCUGACACUCGGAGAAAUAUCACCGAAGGAAUCCCAUCAUGCUUAUCAAUUUCCAGUUGAAAGGUCACCAGAGAAAGCAAAAUAAGGUACGGAAAACGCGUUAUCUGUAGACUGUAGAUGUCACAUAAAGUACAAAGUUGUUCAACUUUACCUGUAAAGGUAUAGUGCAUUUUAAAGAAUGUUCAUGUUCGUCAAUGAGUCAAAGGGGCGGUGAUACUAAUCCAAAACCCAGAUGGAUUGUAGUCUACACGGACUACAGAGUCAAAUACUAAUGAACGGAUGCGGCGUACCUACCAACCAAAGGUUUUCAAAGGAAAAAUUCAAUGAUUCGGUGAUGUUGUAUAUGUAAACAUAUCUGCAUCUCCCAUGCAAGUUUGAAAGCGGUGGAGGAGAAGAUGGCAAGCCAGCCUUGUAUUCCAAAGACCAGCUUUAGUUUUACCAUGCUUUUAGUGCUCAUCAUGUCCAUGGGAGCAAUCAUAGUCAAAGCACAAGUAGGGCGUCUUCCGGAUGAUGAAGUGGAAGCCCUUCGCGAAAUAGCUACACAACUGGGAAAGAAAGACUGGAAUUUCAGUGUAAAUCCGUGCAAUGACUCAAGCUGGAUAACACCAUCUUCAGCUGAGAGGCCGUUAUACAACAAUACUGUCAACUGCAAUUGCUCCUACCCUGAUGGUGUAUGCCACGUGGUUAACAUAUUUCUUAAAGGGCAGGAUCUUGCUGGUACACUUCCGCCAGCAUUGGUGAAGCUAUCCUACCUUAAGGCAAUUGAUCUCAAUAGGAACUACCUUAGUGGUACACUACCAAGAGAAUGGGCUUCUACACAGUUGGAAUAUCUGUCCAUCAGUGGAAACAACUUAUCAGGACGUAUUGACUACUUGGGAAAGAUUACCACUAUUAAAGCUCUGACCAUAGAGAGCAACCUGUUUUCUGGACCUGUUCCCCCUGAGCUUGGGAACUUGGUGGACUUGGAGAUACUCAUUCUUAAUGCUAACAAUCUCACGGGAGAGUUGCCUGCCACUCUUACUAAUCUGACCAAAUUAAAAGAACUUAGGAUUAGCAGUAACAACUUCACUGGAAGAAUGCCUGACUUCUUUCAAAGCUGGAAACAACUUCAGAAAUUAGAGAUCCAAGCUAGUGGUCUUGAGGGGCCUAUUCCUCCUAGCAUUUCUGUUUUGAGUAAUUUGACCGAGCUAAGGAUUAGUGACUUACUAGGAGAGGGUUCACCUUUUCCGCCAUUACGAAACAUGAGAAGCCUGGAAAAAUUGAUGCUGAGGAGUUGUAAUAUCUCUGGACCAAUCCCUCCAUAUAUCUCAGAAAUGGCACAGCUGAAAAUAUUAGAUCUCAGCUUCAACAGAUUGGAAGGAAAAAUUCCAGAUUUCGGAGUCCUAACAAGCUUGGACACCAUAUAUCUGACGGGCAACUUCCUCGGUGGGCCUAUUCCAGAAUGGAUCAAGAGCAGAGAUAGCCGCUACCAAAUAGACUUGUCUUAUAAUAAUUUUUCCACGAGCUCUGCACCAAGUACUUGUCCAGACACUCUAAAUUUGUUCAGAAGCUUUGCUGGGUCAGAAAACUCAAUAACAGAGUGUCUGACGAAUGAUCCAUGUUCAAAAGAUCAUUACUCAUUGCACAUAAAUUGUGGUGGAAGGGCAACCACCAUUGGAGACAUCAAGUAUGAAGCUGAUUUAGAGCCGGGUGGUGCAGCAAAAUUUGUUCGCAUGAAAGAUGAUGCUUGGGGCUUUAGUAGCACUGGAGAUUUUUGGGAUGUUUGGAGUAGCUCAAUGGACUACGUAGCAGAAAAUGUAUCCAGGCUCAGAAUGAACGACUCCUUAUUAUACAUGAAUGCACGUCUCUCUCCUAUUUCUCUAACAUAUUUUGCGCGCUGCUUGGCAAAUGGAAAUUAUACAGUGAAACUUCAUUUUGCUGAAAUAAUACUCCGAGACAACAGAUCUUUCUAUAGUGUCGGAAGACGUAUGUUUGAUGUUUAUAUACAGAAUGAAUUGGUGCUAAAGGAUUUUGAUAUUGAAAAGGAAGCUCAAGGAGUUGAUAAAGCAGUCAUUAGGAAUUUUACAGCAGUUGUUGAGAAUAAAAUUUUGGAGAUUCGCUUUUAUUGGGCCGGGAAAGGGACAAAAGACAUCCCAAAGAGAGGAACAUAUGGAUCUCUUAUAUCAGCUAUCACCAUAGACUCUAAUUUCAACCCUCCCGAUGACAGAAAAAAGAAGAUAUUCCUUGCGGUUGGAAUUACAGUUUUAGCAUCAAGCCUUGUUUUCAUGAUUUUAGGAAUUCUUCGGUGGAAAGGCUAUUUAGGGGGCAAGACAUCAAGGGAACAAGAGCUGAAAGGAUUAGAUCUACAAACUGGUUUUUUUACCUUUAGACAAAUUAAAGUUGCCACAAACAAUUUUGAUGCUGCAAACAAGCUUGGGGAAGGUGGCUUUGGAUCUGUAUACAAGGGCACGUUAUUAGAUGGUACUAUAAUUGCCGUUAAGCAGCUUUCUUCUAAAUCAAAGCAAGGAAAUCGAGAGUUUGUGAAUGAAAUAGGAAUGAUUUCUGGUUUACAACAUCCGAAUCUUGUUAGACUCUAUGGAUGUUGUAUUGAACAAAAUCAAUUAUUGUUGGUAUAUGAAUACAUGGAAAACAAUAGCCUUGCACAUGCUUUGUUUGGUCCAGAGGAAGGCAGAGUGAAAUUGGACUGGCCUACAAGGCAUAAAAUAUGUGUUGGCAUAGCAACAGGUCUGACUUUCUUGCAUGAGGAAUCACCACUAAAAAUUGUUCAUAGGGACAUCAAAACUACCAAUGUACUACUAGAUAGGGACCUUAACCCUAAGAUAUCUGAUUUUGGGUUGGCCAAGCUCGACGAAGAGGAGAACACCCACAUUAGCACCCGAGUUGCAGGAACUAUAGGAUACAUGGCACCAGAAUAUGCAUUAUGGGGGUAUUUAACAUAUAAAGCAGAUGUAUAUAGUUUUGGAAUUGUUGCAUUAGAAAUUGUUGCUGGGAAAAACAACACGAAAUUCGGACCUAAUGAGGAUUUUGUGUGCCUUCUAGAUUGGGCCCUUGUUUUACAACAAAAAGGGAACUUGAUGGAGUUGGUGGAUCCAAAGUUGGGGUCUAACUUCAGUAAAGAAGAGGCAGUAAGGAUCAUUAAAAUAGCUCUCUUAUGCACUAAUCCAUCGCCAACACUUCGACCCACGAUGUCUGCAGUAGUGAGCAUGCUCGAAGGACGAACUGUUGUUCGUGAAUUGAUCAUGGAUCCAAGUAUUUACGGCGAUGAGUCGAGAUUUAAGGCUUUACAAGACUUAUUUGGUCAGGUCCUAGGACCGAACUCAAGCGACACUCAGAGUCUCAUUCAUUCAUCAGAUUCUACGUGGAUUGGCUCUUCUGCUACAUUAUCAAGUCGAAUUCCCUAGUUUUCUUCCCAUUUCAAUUUGUUACAUGGUAUAAGAGCAUUGCAAUACUCGUGUAUAGCAAAUAAACUCUACGUUCUGUCUCAUUUCUCUUUUUCCAUUCAUUCA